CACCGUCAUAACCUAAAGACCGUCGAAAAUUUUACGAACUCUUCCGAGCAGAUAUCGAGCAGUUCCGAAACGAAAGUACAAAACUCAGCAGGACGUACAAGUACUGUUUCAAUUGUUUUGAAUUAUGCUCAAAAACAGAUUUGUGCGAUCGUUGUUAAACAAAUCAAGGCUAUAGUGCUAUUGCAACAUCGAAAGAGCAGUUGUUUUAGUGAAAUUUUGAUCUAUCUGGAUAAUCUUCUCUGCCUUUUGUCGUCAUGUAARAAGGACUCGAGGUUAAAAGAUGACAUCGUCUCUGUUUUGGAGAUACAAACUUGCAGCUUUCAUUCUGCUAAUAUAUACACAGAAAUAUUCUUUAGGAAGUCUUUGCAAAGAUCAGUGGAUAUGGGUUGAUGGAAGUGAUACCAUAAUAACAAAAACCAUAGUCAAUGUUACUUCUGAAGGAAAACAGUAUCCAGGAGCAAGACAUGGAACAACAGGUUGGACCGACAAUAAUGGCAAUGUUUGGAUGUAUGGUGGUGAAGGCAGUCGGAAACUUGAUGAACUAUGGACCUUCAAUCCUAAAACUACAACAUGGCAUUUCAUYGGCAYKGGUGGYAAUAACAAAACAUGGCCAGUUMCUUGUGAAGAGUGUGUGUCAUGUAGUCAUGGAAACACAGCYGUUCUGUAUGGAGGAUUAGUUACACGAAAAGGAAAGUCUGUAUUCAAAACAUGGGUUUUAAAUAUGACCWCAAARCAGUGGUCCAAAAUGCCUGCAGUCUCCCAUUCCCCACCAGCAAGGGAAAAGAGCACAUAUUGGUGUGACAGACAGACAGGUUUGCUGUGGCUUUAUGGUGGAGUUGACAAAAAUAARGACUUGAGUGACAUGUGGGAAUUUUCUUUCAGUACGAUGAAGUGGACUGAGAUUCACACCAAUAGUACUUCAAACUCACCAAAAGAAAGAUUUGGAGCUGUGAGUUGGGUAAAAGAUGGUCAACUGUACAUGUAUGGUGGUCGGGUCCCACCAAAGGAUCUCAUGUCAGAUUUAUGGGUAUAUGACACUGCAAAUAAACAAUGGAAAUUUCUUGUUGGUGGUSACAAACAUACCCAACCAGGUGCAUAUACUCACAAAGGGAUACCCCRWAAUACUUCACACCCAGGAUGCCGUACAGAGGCAUUGUCCUGGAGCCAUGAUGAUGCAUUGUGGUUAUAUGGAGGAAGAGGUUGUGACAGACRKACAUCUAAUAGCUCCUCAACAGGACUCAUGUCUGACCUUUGGAUGUUCAAUACAUCCUCCAAGUUGUGGACUUGGGUAGCAGGUUCACAAUCGAUAAAUAGCAAGCCUUUCUAUGGCAAGAAAAAUCUCCCAGACCCCCAAAACAUCCCAAGCUCAAGAUCAGGCUCUUUGACCUUUAGACAGGGAAAGAGAUUUUGGCUUUUUGGUGGUUUUGGACUUGAUAARAAUGCAAUGGAGGGUUCUCUAAAUGACAUGUGGGUAUUUACAGAAAUUAUGGAGUGUUUUGGCCCACCAUCAAAAAGUGGUGGCCUGCCUGGUGACACCCUGGACAUGCCAUAUGCCCAAAGGCUCAUGAUUGCAUUUGGAAUUCUCAUUGUUGCAAUGAUUGUCUCUUUGUUUGUGUGCUAUAGAAAAGAGUGUAAUAUAAUGUACUGGAGGUACAAGAAAAGGUCUCCAAGGGUUAAAUAUGAACCACUCAAAGUAAAGAUGCAAGUUCCAGAUGUCUAACUUGGUUGAAGCUAAAUUUAAACAGAUACAAGGGACCUAACAUACACUUACAUAAUGACAUU